UUUAACUGUUUUAAUAAUAAUUCAAGGAUUUAAUAAUAAUUCAAGGUUUUAAUAGUUUAACGGGUUUAAAGAUUAAAGGGUUUAAAAUUUUGACAGAUUUAAAGUUGAUUAAAGUUGAAAAAAUUUGAAAUUUUUGAAAUCUUUACCAAUUGGAAUUAAUUAAUUUGAUCAAAUAUUUAAUUGGAAAUUUAUCAAUUUUAUCCAACAUUUAAUUGGAAAUUUAUUAAUUUGACAAAAUUUGGACAGAAAUUUGGACAAAAUUUGUAUAGAAAAUUUGUAUUGAAAUUGUUAUGUUAUGACGGUGAGUAAGGUGAGUAAUCAGGAGGUUGGCAAGCCUCGUGUGGAUUCUAACGUGUUGAAUCCGGACGCGCCGGAGUUUAAUCCGACGGUGAAGACUGGAGGAAAGUUGAACGCGGAUGCGCCGGAGUUUGUGCCGGGUCAGCUCCCGUACGAUUCGUUGCUUUUGGGAGUGCCAGACAUGAAGGGAUUUAAGAACGGCCACGUGCCUUAUCGGAUAUCACACCAGGAUCCCUACGUGCCAAUGUGGAUUUCUCAGACGUACCCAAUGACAGUGCCAUACGGCCAAAUGUACCCCAACUCGCCCUAUGAAUAUAUCCCCUACGAUUACACCAGACAGACCCAGAAUUACCCAAUUCAGAGAAAUGUGUACCCACCGCCCGUACACAACGAGUACACGCUCAGCAUGCCUUACAAUCUCGUGGUACAAGGCAAGUCGAAACUAGCCAAACCCAAACCUAAAGCACAUCCGACACAGCUGACACACAGUAACUCGCACACCAGUACACACACCAGUACACACAGUAGUACUCAUAGUAGUUCACACAGUAGCCAGUCUUCAUACAGUAAUUCACAGCCAGGACAUACCAAUGGUCCCACCACACAUUCUGCACACACCAUUUCACAUCCCUCGCAUAGUAUUUCACAUUCUGCACACGGUAUUUCACAUUCUUCACACAGUAUCUCACAUCCGACACAUGGUAUUUCACACUCUGCACACGCUAAUGCCCAUGGCACAGCGCACAGUGGUAAGGAUUUGGUGGAUAAUUUAUCAAUAGCAACUACGAAGGAUACGAACAGAGAUUAUAAAUCAGUAGCAGUUAGUGAACCAGAGAGUAAACAGCUAACCUGGGCUGAACGCACCAAACUCUCAACCACCAGACAACAACCAACCACUAUCAUACAUACCCCAACCACGUCACAUUCCCAUACAACAACUUCACAUUCUCAUACAACAACUUCGCAUUCUCAUGGAGGUAGUCAGGGAAGUAGUCAUGGAAGUACUCAAUCACAUACACAUGGAAGUGGUCAAUCUAGUGGUCAUGGAAUUACUCAAUCACAUACACAUGGAAGUGGUCAUGGAAGUAAGGAAAAGGAGCAUAAAUCCAAGAGUAGAGAAUUGAGAAAGGAAAAGAUGAGAGAAGAAAGAAACGCUCAAAAAGAUAAGUCCGCUCAGUCUGAGAAACAUGAUGAUAAGCCACACCUUGAGAAACACUCUGAUAAACUUGGUGAGAAACAUGGUGAUAGGGUUGGUGAGAAAUCGGUUCACACUGAUAAAUCACAGGAUAAAUCUGUGCACGUGGAUAAAGUGCAGGAAAAGAGCGAGAAGGAGGAAAUAUCAUACGCUAAAGUGUUCAAAGAAGCUGUAAGAUCAACACCCGUACGCACCUCUUUUAACAAAACUAAUGAUACACAUGCUACUACUGCUGCUGUUAAGUUGGAUAAUAAUGUUCCUAAAUCUGAUCCCACUAAAUCCGAAACCCCUGGUACAAAAUCUGAUCCCACAAAAUCGGAACCCCCAGGUACAAAAUCGGAUCCCACUAGUAAAUUACAUGUACCACCUAGUUUACAGAGUAAGUCGGAAGUAGCUCCUAGUUUACAGAGUAAACAAGAAGUUGUUCCGAGUGUACAGAGUAAACAGGAAGUAGUUCCGAAAGACGUUAAACCGGAUCCCGUUGAUUCAGCGAAAUUAGAAGUCCCAAUGGUGAAUAGAGAUGUGACUAAGACCCAGCUGGUGGAUUCAGCUCAAUUUGCCUCUGCGAGUACGGAUGUUAGUACUGAAGGAGCACCAUCGCCAACGAGCUCAGAUUACACGGUAAACGCACUGCUGGGCUAUUACGUGUACUUAUUGGACAACAGUAAGCUUGUGGAGGAGAUUAGACGCAGAUACAAAUUACCUCAGAUUCACUACUCUACCACCAGUACCACCGCAAAUGUGCCAGCUACAGCUGCAAAGGGGUACAAGGACAGAGAUAGAGAAAGGCAGGACAAGAACGAGAAGAAGGACUGGAGGCACAAGAGUUACGAUAAGAACUUCGGGUCAAACUACAGGCACAAGGAGUUUUCCAGAGCCUCGAGUGAGUUCACACCAGUGGUUGCAAGUGAGAGCUCGUGGGUCAUGAAGCAGGCGAAGCAGAAGAAUGAUAAGGAAAUGCUCCUGAGGAGGAAGAUCAUGGGACUGCUGAACAGACUGACUUUUGAGAAGUUUGAUAUCAUUUACAACCAGAUCAUCGAGUGCGGAAUUGACACGCCCGAACACGCCGAAAUGCUCGUCAAAUUCGUCUUUGACAAGGCCGUCACACAACACCACUUCAUCCCAAUGUACGUCGAACUCUGCGCCAAACUCGCCAUCGAUCUCUACACCAUCGAUCAAUCCAAUGCCCAUUCCAAUGGUAAUGUUAACAGUAAUGGCAAUUCCAAUGGUAAUGCCAAUGGCAAUGGUAGAGAAGUUAGUCAGGGUGCCGAUGGCGCUCAGACCAGUACCGGUGCCACUACCAAUACCGUCGCACCUAACGCCGUAACGGAAGAAGUAGUCGAUGUGAAGAGUAACAGGAAGAGUGACUUUAUGCGUAUAUUGUUGAAUUGUAGCCAGGACAGUUUUGAGGAUAAUUUGAAGCCGUUGGAGAUCCCGGCGGAGUUGGAGGGCGAUGACAGGUUUGAGUACGAGCAAAAGUACAAGCACAAGAUGAGAGGAAACAUGAUCUUUGUGGGCGAGUUGUUUAAGCAGAAGUUGCUGGCGGCGAAGUUGCUGAUUACGUGCCUGGACCAGGUGUUUUUGAAGCGCGAGGAGUGUAUUUUACUCUACGACGACGUGAACAUGGGGAACAAUCACCUGGAGGCCAUGUGCACGCUGUUGCAGACGGUGGGAAGGAGCUUUGACACGAACCGCUGGAAGCACCUGUCAGAGUUUGAGAAGCGGAUCCAGCACCUGGAGGACCUGGGAAAAAACGAGGAAAUCUCCUUCAGGAUCCGGUGCCUAAUUAAGAACGUGCUGGACAGCAGGAUGGACCACUGGGACAAGUCAGUGUACCAGAAACAGGAACAGCCCUGCAAGCUCCAGGAACUCAGACAUAAACACUCCUCAGCCUCGAAUCUGGUAAACCUCUCACAACCCAAGCCUGAAAGAACCGAACGCGAUAAGGAAGACGUCUGGCGCAUGCGAAACCGCAGAAACAAAUCCUCCUCCUCAGCCAACCUCAACUCAAUCUCCAUGAAAGAAAGAACACGCGAAAGACCCAGAGACUCCUUUGAACGGAAAAUGUACAAACUAGACUCUCAAGAAUUUAAGGACAGGACAAACUAUAAAGAUUACAGAGAUAGAGAUAGAGAUAGAGACAGAGAUAGAGAGAGAGAUGGAGAUUCGUAUGAUGACAGGUUCAGAGAAAAUGGAUAUCGCGAUAACUACAGGGAUAGGGAUAGAGAUAGAGACAGGGAUAGGGAUUAUAGAGAUAGAGACAGGGAUAGAGACAGAGACAGGGAUAGAGAUUAUAGAGAUAGAGACAGGGAUAGAGAUAGAGAUUAUAGAGAUAGGGAUGGUAGAGGUUACAAGGAUCAAGACAGCUAUACUGACAAGGAUAAACAAGUUUACAAAGAUGAAGAUUACAGUGUAGACAAAGAUGAGUAUAGUGUAGAUAGGGAAGAUUACAGUGUGGAUAAGGAUGAAGAUGAGUAUAGUGUGGAUAGGGAGGAUUACAGUGUAGACAAGGAUGAUUAUAGUGUAGAAAAAGAUGAUUAUAGUGUAGAAAAAGAUGAUUAUAGUGUAGACAAGGAAGAAGAAGAGUAUAGGGAGGAUGUGGAUAAUGAGGAUGUGGAUGAAGAAGUGGAUGAGGGGUGUGUGGAGGAUAUGUAUAGGAGUGUGAAUUCAAUAGUAUCAGAAUUGGUAUUAUCGCAUGAUGAGGAGGAGGCGUCGUUGCGUGUGGAGGAGUUGAACUUGUCUGAGGAUAAGCUCGAUGACCUGUACAGGAAUCUCAUCAUCGCAUGCAUGGAAAAAUGCUCCAAAGUCAACACCGAAAAAGAAGCACAAAUCGUCACGCACUGGAUACUCAACCUCGCCAAACAACACCAAUCACUCAACCAUCUCCUAAACAGUGUGUAUGAGUAUGUGAUGGGUGAGGACGAGAACAGUAUGAGUGUGAUGGUGGAGGAUUAUCCGUUGUUGCCGAGGACGUUGUCGCUGCUGGUCGACUGGAUGCGGCCGCAGUACGUCAACUCGGACAAAUUCAAACUCACAUUAACACAUUUAAAUUUGUAAAUUUUCAAAUUCCACUAAUACACUUCUAAUAUACAAUACUAAUGCA